GUGAAAGAUGCUAUCCAAGGCAUCAGAAGAACAAGGAGGGAAACUGGGAGGCAAAGACUACCAUGGAAAAGUUGUUCUGGGGUGUCCUGUUGGUAGGAAGCCUUGUGAAAGUUGCCCAUACUUGCCCCUUUCACUGCACCUGUCAGAAUCUCUCAGAAUCCCUAAGCACACUUUGUGCUAAUAAAGGACUUUUAUAUGUUCCCCCUAACAUUGACCGCAGGACUGUAGAAUUAAGGCUGGCUGACAAUUUUAUCCGUGUAGUAGAGCAAGAAGAUUUCCUUAACAUGACUGGGCUUGUGGACCUCACAUUAUCCAGAAAUACCAUUGACAAUAUCAAACCUUAUGCUUUUGGCGACCUGGAAAGUCUACGAUCUCUACACUUAGAUGGCAAUCGUCUUACAUCGAUACAUGAAGAAGCCUUAAGGGGGAUGCUUAACCUUCAGCAUCUAAUAAUUAAUAACAACCAACUAGUGACAAUUCCAGUAGCAACAUUUGAUGAUUUCCUUCUUACCUUGGAAGACCUAGAUUUGUCUUAUAACAACUUAGUUAGUGUACCAUGGGAGUCUAUUCAAAAUAUGGUCAGUCUUCACACUCUCAACCUUGACCAUAAUCUAAUAGAAUCUGUAAUGGAAGGAACUUUUUCAGAGCUGUAUAAACUCUCAAGGUUGGAUAUGACAUCUAACAGACUUCAUACACUACCUCCAGACCCACUCUUUGUCCGUUCUCAAACUGGGGUAAUUAGCCCAACUCCUUAUACAUCCACCAUUGUGCUCAACUUUGGAGGUAAUCCAUUUCACUGCAAUUGUGAGCUCCUCUGGUUACGCCGCCUGGUUAGAGAAGAUGAUAUGGAAACUUGUGCUUCUCCUCCUCAGUUGGCUGGACGCUAUUUUUGGUCUAUACCAGAAGAAGAGUUUACCUGUGAGCCCCCUCUCAUCACCCGUCAUACACAUCAACUGUGGGUGUUAGAAGGGCAGAGAGCAACCCUUAAGUGCCGGGCUAUAGGAGACCCAGAGCCAGUUAUCCACUGGGUAUCUCCAGAUGAUAAGAUUAUGCCAAAUUCCUCCAGAACAGCUUCAUACAGAAAUGGGACUUUAGACAUUUUGGUUACUACAAUCAGGGAUGAUGGAUCAUACACUUGUAUAGCCAUAAAUGCUGCUGGAGAAUCAACAGCCCAGGUGGAUUUAAAAAUGAUUCCUUUGCCCCAUCGUAACAAUGGGAGUAUUGAUGUUUUAAGACAGGACCCAGGGUCAUCUGACAUUACUACAUCAUCUAAAGCAUCUACAAAUUCCACAGAGGAGAAAAGAUUGCCAGAAAAUACUGUUAUAGUUUCAGAUGUAACUUCUUCAUCUGCCUUGGUUCGUUGGUUCAUGAACAGAUCAGCCUACAUAGUGUGGAUGUAUCAGAUUCAGUAUAAUUGCACAGCUGAUGAAACACUUGUGUACAGGAUCCUGCCAUCUACAACCAAGCACUUUGCCUUAAAGCACUUGGUAUCGGGAGUGGAUUACGACCUUUGCAUACUGGCCAUUUCUGAUGAUGUGGCCACCUCCUUAGCAGCUACUAGAUCACUGGGGUGUGUUCAGUUCACUACUGGAGAGACAUACCCAGACUGCCGGUCUUUGCAUGCUCAUUUCCUUGGGGGUACCUUAACCAUCAUCAUAGGGGGAAUCAUUGUAGUCACAUUGUUGGUCUUUACAGUGGGCAUGAUGGUCAAAUAUAAGGUUUGCAGUAGCACCCUUGCAGGCAUACCCAAGGUUACUAAUGUUUACUCACAGACCAAUGGAAGUCAGCUGGUUAACAACGGAUUGCCUCUUCAAUAUAGGAUGAACAAUGAUUCUGCUAAACCUAGCUGCUCCAACAUAACUUAUAGAGAGGAUACAGGAAGGAUUGUGCAUGGUGUCAAGCCACAAAGAAGAAAGGCCAGACACAGAGAAGUAAAAGAGAGAGAAGAGAACAAAAGCACUGUGGAAUCAGAAGUGGCUAGGGCAGCACAAGGUUCCAGUCCAGAAGAUUAUAUUGUUUUUGGUGUUCCAAAAGCCAAGCGCAGUUGCUCUGUGGAUAUGGGGGAGAUGGCAACUACUACUUGUUAUAGUUAUGCAAAGCGACUAAGUAUUAUAUGGACAAAACGAAGUCAGUCUGUGCAUGGCAUGCUCUCAAAUUGCGGGACGGAGUUAUCCAAGGGAAAGCAAGUGUUAUUUUCUAGCUCUGAUGAGCUUGAAGAAAGUGUGGUGUAGACGGCUUCAGUGUUAGAUUUGUUAUUUUAAAGGGAUGUCCUCCCUGGUGGAGUCAUAUUUACUGUACUUAAGGCAGUAAACUCUUGAUUCACCAACAACGAGCCAUGAGCACACCUUCCAUUGCAAUGAAGGUAAAGAAAAGUACAGCGGGAUUCAAAUGUUAAUUAUUGUUUCAAUAACUGUGUGAAUCCUAAAAGUCAUUGGAAGGAUACAAAAAACAAGGACAGAGCACAGAAGACUAGUUUGGUUGUGACACAUUCUUAUGUCUUCAUGGAUACACGAGGCAAAAACUCAUUCAGGUCUCAGAGGAAUUAUUUUGAAAUCAAAACAUGUAAAGACAAAACCAAGAAACCAGCUUAAUGCAUAUAAGGAGUAACAAUGCGAGCAAAUGGUAGCCUUUCAACCAUUUCGCUAGAUUCAGAAUCUAACAGUAUUUUUUGUUUUCUUUACAUUACAAAAGUCCUCUGGUAAUUAUUAGAUCCUGAAAAUUAGGUUUCUAGGACAAAUAUUCCUAUAAAUGGUUUUUAAAAAGGUAAAUGAUAUCUAAAAACAUAUUUUCAGAAGCUGGGUACACAAAGACAUGGAUUAACAACAAAUGGUUUGAUUGAGCAUACUGCACCUCUCCCACUGAACUAUGCUAUUCGAUGAACGAGAGCUACCCAGCAGCACCAAGGUUGGAACCAAAGCAUUUCCGAUCACAUUUUGUGUCAAUGGAUGCUGGUGUGUAUGUGUGUGUCUGCUUAAAUUCUGCUUGGAUUAACUCCGUAAAUGCCCCAGUGUAAAAACUUGUGUUUGAGUAGUUCACCUUCCUUCUAAAUUCACAAUUCAGAAGUAAGUUAACGUUUGUCAUAUCAGCAAAGUUCUUAAAAGGUGGGGUGAAAAAACCUUUAGCACUUUAAAGUCUCAAAUAUCACAACCUAAGAUAGAACUAUAUAACUAUCUCUACUCAUUGGUAUUUUUUUCUAUUUGCCAAUAAAGAGUAAAAUUAAAAA